AAGGUUGAGAAAAUAAAAACCCAAAACCACCGUCGAAAGACAAGGAUCUUGAAGUCGAAGUGAGCAUAUUUCUACAAACACCCCAAAUCCAAUCAUAAAUCCAUCCUUCCAUCCUUCCAUCAACAUUCAACCAUCAAUAUGGGAGCUCUCCUCAACCUAGUUGACGCAAUACUCUUUAUUUUCUUCCUCUUAAUCGCGGCGGCCGCGCCGUUGAUCGACGCCCAGACUUGUCUGCCGCUGACCUUCUUCCCACAAAUCCUCAUCGAUAUCAAGCAAUGGUACAUCCGACAGUAUGGAGAUUAUCUUGUCUCCGAGAAGCCCCAUUUUUUCGUAGGCAUUGUUACCCACGAACUUGUGUUUCAGUGGCCACUCGCCAUUCUUAACAUCUUUGCAAUUCUUACUUCUAAGUCUUGGUUUAACACCACGUGUUUGAUGUACGGCGCCUCUGUUGUCACUUCCAUGGCGGCUGUAUUGGCGGAUCUGUUCGGAUCGGGAAAGGCUUCUGAUGAGCUGAUAAUGGUCUACUUUCCGUUCAUGGGUCUGGGUGUUUUGGCCAUUCUACGUGGGCUGCUGGGGAAUCCUGCAAAAACGACGACAUUGAAUAUAGGCAAGAGAUCUGCUUUGGGGAGGAAGAAGAAGGCUUGAGAUGGUUUUUAGUAUUUAGAGAGUUUGCUAUUUCAUUUUUUGUGUGAACACCUGUUCUUUCUUUUUGCAUUCGGGAUUUAUACAGAAUUUUAUUUUGAAUGUGAGAAGGUUGGAUUUGACCCAAUGUUUUUAUUGGAUCCAGAACGGUUUAAUUUGUGGAGGAUAUU